CGACGCACUGUGCUAGGUGUGUCGGCUUUUCCACCUCCGAGGCGUUCAUCUCGAGCUUCUGUUCUCUUCCUGCUGCGCAUCUGCCAGCCUGUGACGCUCUCUGCUUGAAGAGCCGCCGUAAGGUUGAACCGACCAGCAAGCAGAGCACGAGAGGCGCCGAGCAGCUCACGGCGACGGCGACGACGACGACGACGACGACCCACGGGAACGUGUGCGUAGAAUAGAGGCGCCCUAGAACCAGACGGAGCAGGGGGCAGAGGAGCCAGAGGAGCGACGAAGGUUUCAUCUCAACGAAGCCCAGGUCCAUCGAAGCCAUCGAACAUUCCAUCUUGCGAGCAGCGACUGCACUACACCGUCUACCCGACACUACGACUCCAUUUCCUCGCAGCGCUGUCGACUCGCUUAUGCGGCAAGCUGAGCGCACUGCAGCAUUCCACGUCCCGACUCUCGACUCUUGCCGUGCUUGCCUGGGCUCGCUGCUAAUACGACGCCCCAGCGAAUCAGACACCGCGCAGGUACCCAAGUACUUUUCUGCUGUGUCGCCAUCCUGUGCACUGUGCCGCCCUCACGAUGUCGAACUCUACCAUCACCUCGACUACCAACCCGGCCGAGAGCAGCUCGAGCAUCCUUUCUUCCAUCAGCUCCUCCGUCUCCUCCGAGAUUGUGUCUCCCACAACGACUACUCGAGCGCCGACAACGAGCAGCCAGCAAGUCGUUUCAACAAGCACACUCAGCCUGUCGUCCGUGCCGCCGACCACCCGAGUAAUUACAUCGGUCGUAACUCAAUCUCCAACCAACCCCACCGACACUGACACACCUAUAACUGUCGUUGUCACUCUGACAAACUCGCCAUCGCAAUCACCUGUGACCACGCAGUUUACGAGCAGCACUGGCAGCGCAACUUCGUCACAAGCCGCGCUUAACACCGGCGGUGGAAGCAGUGGAAGCGGCAGUGGCGGUGGACUUAGCACUGCUGGAGUCACCGCCAUCGCAGUCGUGGUUCCUGUAGUCGUUGUCGCACUCUUAGUACUCGCCGGUAUCUUCUUCUGGAGGAAAAGGAAGCAAAAGAAGGCUGCGGAGGAGGCGCGCCGUAAGGAGGUCGAGGAUUAUGGCUUCAACCCCAACAAUGAUCCCACCCUUCCUACCGUCGUCUCAGAAAGCGGCCACGAAAUGUCGGAAGACAAUAACGGCUACCGUGGAUGGGGUGCGGCGGGCGCAUCGAAUCGUAAGAUGUCGACCACCCUCUCUGGAGGCCAUACCCAAGGCCAGCUCUCUGACGCGGGUAGCACCCCAUACGGCGGCCAUUCGCCUGGUGGUGGAGUCUCCGAACAGAGUGGCGAUCCUCUCAUGCACCAAAGGCGAGAGACCAUGAACAGCGACAUCGGGUCUUUGGGUCAAGGACCUAUAGCCGGAGCUGGCACACAAGGAGCCGUGAAGCGCGGUCCUUCGAACGCCUCGUCAACAUACACGACAGGCGCACACUCGGAUAUCUCGGCAGAGAUGCCACCGCCUGGUAGCGUGCCAUCUUCUUAUGAGCCUUACAAUCCAGCGGCAGGGUAUGGAUACAGCCAACAUGGCCCGUAUGGAGACGGCUCGUAUGGUGGGACUGGUGGCCAAGAUGGCAUGCCAGUUGUGCAGGAUGUAUCGGCACGACGGAACACGCGCAUACAACAGCCAGGCAAUUAUCAGCAAGGAAACUCGGGCAUAGCACAGAACUUUUAAGUUCUUCGCUCGUUACCGCUGUCAAAAAUCGUUUUCUAUUUGUUUGAAAUUUGUUGAAGACCUCGAUUGGAUCAACGGACACAGCACCGCAGAGCUUCCUUUUGGGAUACGACUCGAAGCACAGGGACGACCAUCAUCGUUCCAGGAUAUCAGGCCGAACCUGGUCACACUCAUGGCGAAGGCGUUUAUUGCUCUUGGAAAGAUAUCAAGCUGCCAUGGCCGGCGAGCCAUGCGCACACAUCAAUCUGUUUUCAUUUUUAACUUGUGCAUUUGUAGACUUGUAGUGGAGAAGGGAAGGAGGAGGACAUGAGAGAGAGAAAGAGGAGAUUACGAUGACGAGAUAUCACCCAACUACUACCGCUACUACCUCGACACACUGUAGGUUAAUACAAUCACAUACCACACAUAUCACAUACUGCUUCGUUCUG